AUGGCAGGCAUUGACGUAGAAUGCCUGGUAGAUACCGGCUCGGCAGUGACCUUGGUAACGGAAACCUUCUAUAAGCAGAAACUCAAGCCCAUGUGUGGUCAAGUACGAAGCAGCAGGAGAAUGCUAAACCUCAGAGGGGCCAAUGGACUCGAGAUCCCAUACCUUGGAUACCUGGAGCUGGAUGUAAUGGUGGGAGGAGUGACAGUCCCAAGGUGCGGAGUGCUCGUCCAAAAGGAUACAGCAGCCACUGUCGGUCAGAGGAGAGAGCGACCCGGGAUACUGGGGACCAAUGUACUUGCAAAGAUACCCAAGUGGGCCCAGCUGAUACAACCCAAAGGAGAYACAGUAUCGCAGGAAGUCCAAGUGUCUUGCAAGCGGAGGUUGGUCAAGGUAGCUGGCAAGAGUGCUGUCUUCGUGCCACCAAGUUCCAUUAUGGAUGUUGCCGUCACAGGAGCAGCAGUUGGAGCCAACGCCAUGGUAGAACCCCCAAACAGACCACUGCAAGCCCCGUACAUGCCUUGGAGUCGUUCAAAGCGUCAAAGAAGUAGNGGUUGUACUCCGACUGUGCGUCACCACAUCCACACCGAUGACGACGUUCCGGUCAACCAGCGCCACCGAAGGAUUCCCCCAAACCAGUUUAAAGAAGUGAAGGACCACCUACAGAAACUGUUGGACCGCGGAGUCAUCAAGCCAAGCCAAAGUGACUACGCCUCGCCCAUUGUCUUAGUUCGCAAAAAGUCAGGAGCCCUUCGCCUCUGUGUGGACUACCGGCAGCUGAAUGCUAAGACUCGGAAGGACGCCUACCCACUGCCACGAAUAGACGAAUCUCUAGACGCCCUGGGUGGAGCAAAGCACUUCUCAACAAUUGAUCUUGCAUCUGCCUACAACCAGGUUGAAGUGGACCCAAAGGACUGCCAYAAAACUGCAUUYACCACUCCUAUGGGCCUGUAUCAGUACGUUAGAAUGCCAUUUGGGCUGUGUAAUGCCCCAGCAACCUUCCAGCGCCUGAUGCAGACCAUAUUCCGGGACGACAUCCUGCAGACCCUAUUGGUGUACUUGGAUGACAUAAUYGUGUACAGCGACAGCAUCGCCGAGCAUCUGAGGAGACUCGAGGUGGUGUUUAUGAAACUAAGGGAGCAUGGACUAAAGAUCGAACCAGRAAAGUGCCAGUUCUUUCGCAAAAGCGUGACCUACCUUGGACAUGUGGUAUCGSCAGAAGGAGUGGCUACAGACCCARCAAAGACUGAAGUUGUAGCAGAAUGGCCUGUACCUAAGACGCUGAAGGAACUACGCUCAUUCCUGGGAUUCACCUCGUACUACAGAAGGUUCGUUCCAGGGUUCGCCCAGCUUGCAGCACCACUUCACCGGUUAACAGCAGAAGCAUCAGAGGGAGGCAAGAAAAAAAGAGUUACCUUAACAGAGGAGCAAUGGUCCACAGAAUGCCAAGAGUCCUUUAAUUCYCUGAGGAGAGCCUUAACAAGUGCACCAGUKCUUGCUUACCCAGACUACAAAGAACCAUUCAUCGUAGAGACGGAUGCCUCAGACCGAGGCCUGGGGGCAGUACUUUCACAAAAACAGAAUGGGAAGACGAGAGUGAUUGCCUAUGCCAGCCGAGGUUUGAGAGGAGCAGAAAGAAACAUGAARGACUACUCAUCCAUGAAGAUGGAACUGCUAGCUCUCAAGUGGGCAGUUGCCGAAAAGUUCCGUGAGUACUUGCUUGGAUCUGAGUUCGUGGUCUACACUGACAACAACCCCCUAACAUACCUACAGACAAAGAGUAAACUAAAAGCCGUUGAGCAGCGUUGGGCAGCUGAGCUAGCUGAUUUCAACUUCAAAAUUCAGUACAGACCAGGAAAGCAUAAUCAGAAUGCAGAUGCCCUUAGCCGCCGAGAGUGGGAGACAGCUACACAACAGGAAGUUGCAGAGGUGAUGGCCACAAGUACUCAAACUACCAGACUACCCAAAGACCUACGAGAACCAAUCGAGACRGCAGCAGUCUUUGUAGCAUCAGUAAGAGAGCACACCGAGGAAGACAUCCAAGACCAGGCGAUGUACCUUCCUGGGAUACAGCGGGAGCAGAUCAUCRAUCUACAAAGGACAGAUGRAGCAAUCAGCCGMUUGAUACACUACCGUGAGCUUGGAAGGAAGCCAACGGAAGCAGAAAGAAGGAGAGAACARYCAGCCGCACGGAAACUCAUACGCUUCUGGGACCAGAUCGUUGAAGAAGACUGUAUACUGUACCGGAAYAUUGGCAGUAAUGAUGGACAAUCCAAACAGUUGAUGGUGCUACCUACUCUACUACAGAGUGAAGUGCUCAAAGCAGCCCAUAAUGACUUUGGACAUCAAGGUCCAGACAGAACCGAACAACUAAUUCGUCAGCGAUGUUGGUGGCCAGGAAUGCAGGCAGACAUAAAGMGAUGGAUAUCAAAGUGCGAGCGGUGUGUAAUAGCCAAAGGCCCAUACUUAACAGCAAAGACACCGAUGGGGAGCAUCAUUGCAACCAAACCCUUAGAAGUACUAGCAAUGGAUUUCACCYUGAUAGAGCCAGCAUUGGACAAAAGGGAGAACGUCCUUGUGCUUACAGAUGUCUUCACUAAGUUUACUGUUGCAAUCCCCACCAGAGACCAGAAGGCAACAACUGUAGUCAAAGCGCUCAUCAAGGAGUGGUUCUUAGUCUAUGGYGUACCACAGAGGAUCCACUCAGACCAAGGAAAAUCGUUCGAAGCAGAAAUAGUCAAAGAACUCUGUGGAAUCUAUGGAAUAAARAAGUCGAGGACAACACCCUACCAUCCCCAAGGGAAUGGCCAAUGUGAGCGAUUUAAUAGGACRCUACAUGAGCUUUUAAGAACUUUGCCACCAGAAAAGAAGCAACGAUGGCCAGAACAUCUUAAGGAGCUGUGCUAUGCAUAUAAUGCAACUCCUCAUGCUACCACUGGCUAUUCACCAUUCUACCUGAUGUUCGGAAGAGACCCUUGCUUACCGCUUGACAGAUUGACAGAAAUGAAGAAGCCAAUCAACCAGGACAAGACCUGGGUAACCAGACACCAGGAAGAACUGAGGAAUUCUCAGCGAAGAGCAGCAGAAAACCUCAUAAAACAAGCUGAAACAAGACAGAAAAUAUAUGAUCGCAGCAACAGAACAGAUCCACCAACCAUAGAGACAGGCAAUCGAGUGCUUAUCAGAAACAGAGGUAUUAAAGGUCGCAACAAGAUCCAGGAUCGUUGGAGCAACAAAGUGUUUAAAGUAGUUGAAACACUGGACAAUAGCAGAUACGUCAUUGAACCAGCAGAUGGUCAUGGACAGACUAAAGUAGUGAAUAGGACAGAACUACAAAUGUGUCCUAUGGCAGUACUACAGCCACGACCCCAAAGAGUACCACGUANGCUAUUACAGAAUAUUGCUCUAUGUCAGUUUUCUGUCAGUACAUCUUGGAUACAUGUGGUCUUCACAGUCUUCUGCAAGCUGUCAAAAGUUCUUUUUUAUUUAAAGUAUUCCCACUGGGGACACUUACUGUGA